AUCAGCUUGCAGAUCCAGCACCACAUACGAUGAAGUCCUUCUCGCGGAACAUCCAGAGAGAUAUCGACGCCGCGGCCGUGGCCGACGGUGACCACGUCGGCAAGCCGCACUCCGAGAGAGGCGUACGGCGGCCGUCCCGGCUCUUCUUCCUCGGCCUCCUCUACACCGUCUUAUGGACGUCCCUGGUAUUCCUCCACCACAUCUCCACCAGCGUGCUCGACCUCAAGCCGUCGGCUUUCUUCCUCCGGGACCCAUGCGCCGGCCGGUACGUGUACAUGUACGACCUUCCACCCCGCUUCAACGCCGACCUCGCCCGCGACUGCCGCCGGAUCUCGGGCUCCCCCGACGUGUGCAAGGACGUGAGGAACGACGGCUUCGGCCCGCCCCUCACGGGCGGCGGCGAGGGCGGCCGGUCGCUGCCGGACCGGGGAGCCUACGAGACCGACCAGUACAUGCUGGGCAUCAUCUUCCACGCCCGGAUGCGGCGGCACGAGUGCCUCACGGCCGACCCCGCCGCGGCCGCCGCGGUGUACGUCCCGUUCUACGCUGGGCUCGACGCGGCGAUGCACCUGGACAACGCAGACCUGGCGGCGCGGGACGCCCUGUCGCUGGACCUGGUAGACUGGCUGGCGCAGCGGCCCGAGUGGCGCGCCAUGGGCGGGCGCGACCACUUCCUGGUCUCCGGCCGGGGCACGUGGGACUUCCUCCGCCGCCCCGACGCCGGCGGCUGGGGCAACGCGCUCAUGACCUACCCGGCCAUCCGCAACGCCACGUUCCUCACCACCGAGGCCAGUCCGUGGCACGGCCACGACUUCGCCGUGCCGUUCCCGUCGCACUUCCACCCCUCGUCCGACGCCGACGUCGCCGGCUGGCAGGACCGCAUGCGCCGCGCGCGCCGCGGCCUGCUCUGGUGCUUCGCCGGCGGGCCUCGCGGCGGCGACACGGGAACCGUGCGUGCCCAGAUCAUCGAGCAGUGCGGCCGGUCGUCGAGCCGCUGCUCCCUGCUCGGCAGGUCGGCGGUGACGAAGCCGGGGCACUACGCGCCGGGCCACGCCAUGCGGCUACUCGGGAGCGCCGAGUUCUGCAUGCAGCCGCGCGGGGACGGGUACACGCGCAAGUCCACCUUCGAUGCCAUCCUCGCCGGCUGCAUCCCGGUUUUCUUCCACCCGGUGUCGGCUUACCUACAGUACACUUGGCACCUGCCCAGGGACUACCGGAGCUACUCCGUGUUCAUCCCCGCCGGCGACUUGAGCCGGAACGCCAGCAUCGAGGAGGUCUUGCUCAAUAUACCGCCGGAGAAGGUGGCGCAGAUGCGGGAGCAGGUCAUCCGGCUCAUACCCACCGUGAUGUACCGGCACCCGGCGGCCAUGGGGGUUACGUUCAAAGACGCGGUAGACGUGGCCCUGGAGCGCGUCAUCCACCGGGUGGCGAAGCGCCGGCGUGACGCGGCCGAGGGGCGGGAGCACGUGGACGGCGUCGACGGAGGUGAUAGCUGGAAGUAUGACUUGCUAGAAGAUGGGGAGGAGAAGAUAGGUCCGCAUGAGUUUGAUCAAUAUCUAUACAUGCACGUAACAAAAGAUUUACUUGCCUAGCUAGUUCUAGCGGCCGGCCGCCGCCGGCCGGCCGUCGUCGCCGCUGCUUAUUCCGAUCGACCCAUCGGCGUUGCGGCAGGAGUGUGGACGUGUCGUCUCCAUCGAUCCAGUCCUCUUGCUUUGUCAGGGCGUUGUGUUCUUUAUACGACUCCUCCGUGGCAUCAA